ACCGACACCACUGUUUUGCCUUCAUUUGCCAGAUCUAAUUCUAACCUUAGAAAACCUCUUCUUCGUCUCCUUCGCUCUCUCUCUCUCCCUGUUCUUCCCUAGUCCGUCAUCCAUGGCUUCUUCCGAUUUCGACGGAAUCAUUCUCGGCAUGGGAAACCCUCUCCUCGACAUCUCUGCCGCCGUCGACGAAGAUUUCCUCAACAAAUACGACCUCAAGUCGAACAAUGCGAUUCUUGCGGAGGACAAGCAUUUGCCGAUGUACGAGGAAAUGAGUGGCAUGGACAAUGUCGAAUACAUUGCCGGAGGUGCUACCCAGAACUCGAUCAAAAUCGCCCAAUGGAUGCUUCAAAUCCCCGGAGCAACUAGUUACAUGGGAUCUAUUGGAAAAGACAAGUAUGGAGAGGCGAUGAAGAAGAAUGCCACUGAAGCUGGUGUUAACGUCCACUAUUAUGAAGAUGAGGCAGCUCCUACCGGGACGUGUGCCGUCUGUGUUGUUGGCGGAGAUAGGUCACUUAUCGCGAAUCUCUCUGCAGCAAACUGCUACAAGGUUGAGCAUUUGAAGAAGCCUGAAAACUGGGCGCUGGUUGAGAAGGCCAAGGUCUAUUAUAUUGCUGGAUUCUUCCUCACUGUCUCACCGGAAUCCAUCCAGUUGGUGUCUGAACAUGCCGCGAAAAACAACAAGGUGUUCACAAUGAACCUUUCUGCUCCAUUCAUCUGUGAAUUCUUCAAAGAUGUUCAGGAGAAGUUCUUGCCGUACAUGGACUUUGUUUUCGGAAAUGAGACCGAAGCAAGAACCUUCUCUAGGGUUCACGGUUGGGAGACGGAUGAUGUUGAGCAAAUAGCCCUUAAGAUUUCUCAGUGGCACAAGGCCACGGGAACGUACAAGAGGACCACUGUCAUUACCCAAGGCGCUGACCCAGUUGUUGUUGCUGAGGAUGGAAAGGUGAGGAAGUACCCUGUCACCCCCCUUCCAAAGGAGAAGCUUGUUGACACCAACGGUGCAGGUGACGCCUUCGUGGGAGGAUUCCUCGCCCAGUUUGUGCUCGGGAAGCCAAUAGAGGAGUGCGUGAGGGCCGGGUGCUACGCCUCCAACGUAGUAAUCCAGAGGUCGGGCUGCACUUACCCAGAGAAGCCCGACUUCAACUAAACCGGUCGGUUCUUCUCGCUUGUAUCCCCACAUUGAAAUUUUUGGCUAUCAGUAGACCCAAAUAAAAAAGCCUUGCCAUUUUUGUGCAAGCCCGUUGUUGUUUUGCCUCUCUACUCCCCACCCUAGCAGCUUGUCCCCAAGUGUUUCUUGCUUCUUGUUUCUUUUCCUUCUUUCUUUUAAUGGCAUCGUCAUCAUCAUUAUGAUUAUUAUUGUUAUUCUUAAAGGGAUCAAAUGCCUUUCUUCUUAAAGGGAUCAAUAUUUUUUUUAA